AUGGGUGCUAAUAACCAACGCAGAAUGGUGCACGACCGGAUUGUGUCCUUGAUCAGCCAGGACCCCGGUCUUCCUCGCAAGGGACCGUCGGUGGCAUUCUGGCAGGAGCCAACGCACCCCAUUGCCAAUAUCCAAUCUGCUCAAUUGCCCACUGAAGUGGAAAUUGCCAUUGUGGGCUCGGGUAUUACAGGGUGUAGUGUCGCGCGAACCCUGUUGGAGAAUCCCAAGCUGCGCAACAAACGAAUUGCCCUUUUCGAGGCUCGCGCCCUGACAAGUGGCGCCACGGGUAGAAACGGAGGUCACCUGGUCUCGCCAUCGGCGGUGGACUUUGCGGCUGUCGCAAGCCUCUUCGGCGCAGACAAAGCGGCAGAGGUGACGAGAUUUUCAUUUCGCAAUCUGGAGCGAUUCCAUGAAUUUGUGUCUACCUUGGACCCGAUUCUCCAGGAUGCUGCAGAGGCGCGCAAAGUUCAGAAAGUCAUGAACUUCCUGGAACCUGCCACGUUCGUGCAUUUCAAAGAUUCGCUUCUUCAGUUCUCCAAUGCUUGUCCGGAGCUUGCAGAUCAAUUCAGGAUUCUCUCUGCGGAUGAAGCAAAAGCUAAAUACAAGUUCAUUGACUCCGCCGGAGCCUGUGAGCAACCGGCAGGUGCCGUUUGGCCCUAUCGAAUCAUCACUGGUGUUCUUGCCAAGCUGAUGAAAGAGCAUGCCUCUCGGUUUUCCAUCGACACCAACACCGCCGUGACCGCGGUGACAUAUGAGGCGGGGAGACCAACCCACCGUCGACGGGUGCAGACCUCUAGAGGCGUGGUUUACGCCGACCAAGUCGUCUACUGUACAAAUGCAUACACUUCACAUCUACUACCUGAGCUCCGAGGAAAAGUCUUCCCCUUUAGAGGCACCAUGUCGACGCAAUCAGUCACCCCGUCCCUUCCCAACCACGGCGCCCGCCAUUCGUGGAGCAUCUACCACGAGCCCAGAUACGACCCCGCCACGGGCACAUUUACAUUCGGCCUGUACUACAUGACUCAGAAUGCAAAGACGGGCGAUUUCUUUUUCGGCGGCGAGAAGCAACGACUCGAGGAGAUUCUGAUCAGUGACGAUACCGUUGUGCCGAACCUGCCGGCGCAAAAUCUCGUCUCCAUCAUGGAAAACACAUUCAAAUCGGCCACGGGAGAAGCUGUGAAAAGUACUCCCCGUCGUAUUUGGUCUGGAAUCAUGGGGUUCACGCCAGAUGGCAUGCCCUUGGUUGGUCGUCUGGGAAAGAGACUCACGGGGAGACCCGAUGAUGGAGAAUGGGCCGCGGUUGGAUUCAACGGCUACGGAAUGGAUAAGUGCUGGUUGGUGGGCGAACUACUGGGCGCUAUGAUUGCGGGUGAGGAUGUCACCGGUCAGCUUCCUGCUCUAUAUCAGAUCACCAACGAGAGACUGGACAAGCUGAUGGCUCCGAGAGAUGUUCCUGCGAGAUUGUUCCGGCUGUGA